GAAGUACACACCCUUACAGUGGCGCAGUCAUGGCGAUUUGAUGAUUCAAUGAAUCCCCCGGACCACCGAAAUUCUCUGGAAAUGUGGCAAUGGACCGCUGUACCGACUUGGUACCGGUAUGCCUGGGGAGAAAUUCAUCAUGGAAAUAUCAUACGGUGCGAGAACUGGUACAUCGUCGGGGCCAGCCAAAUCGUGCGAGCGGUCAAAGAAAAUUUAUCAGCGGUCUAGUGCUCUCACCGACUAUCGUUGGGAUUGCAUUAGUCUACGGGUUGCCUUCAAAAGGCGUUGCACCCAUUGCUUACAAUUCUUCAUAAGAAUCGAUCCUGCCAGCUAAAUUAACCACCACCGCAGUUCAUCAGGCCAGUCUGUCCUCCGCAUUCCUCCUGCGUGGGGAGAGAAGCAGAGAAGCGGGAGAGGGCCACCACAGCACACAGGAAAGUGGCACAAGGAUUACCCUAUUGCACUGUUACCGGUUCUUGCACUGGUAGUGUACGGUACUCGUACUUGAGUACUCGAGCACUCGAGUACUGGUAUCGAGUCUUAUGUACUGUACGCCCAGACACACACACACACUUUUUUCUCCUCCUUUUCUUUUCCUUAGGACUAUCGGUAUCAUACUGCUCAGUCCCGCUGCCAACUAAUCUUCCCGCCAACAGCAAAUUCCGCUGUUCAGGGAACACGGUACCGGCUUGUGCACGGAUUCCUGAUUUUCCAUCUCUUGUCCUCUGGGAUUCAACUUCUGCCUCCCUCCCUCUCUUGCAUCCCCACAUCGCAUACCCUGCCGUUAAUUAAACUCGCCAUCACCUCACCCUUAAGCUGGAAGAGGGUCUCAACAACGACAGCGGACAGCAGACAUAUGCAGAGUUCCUCCCGGACCGAGCCUCCCGAACCAAUCCUCGUUCCUGCCCUCAAGGUGGGUGCAGCAACCGGUCCGUUGUUUCCGCUCGCUAUUUAGAUUCCCAGCGAACUUGCUCUUUCUAACUCCUGCGCAGGACUCGCUGGCACACUCGCUGGAGGGGUGAUUGCUAUUCUCCGAUCGACCCCACAUGCUAAGACGUUCGCCGUGCUUACAGGUGCAAACACCUUUGCGCUUGGUUGGACCUAUUGGGGUAUGUGACUGUUUCUGGCUGUGUUUUGGGUCGGUUGGCAUCUGAUGGACCGGACAGCCGUUAGAUCAACUACGUGUCGUGCCAUUCGCGAUGCCUCUCCGCCCGGCACGGCCAUGAUACCCAGGGACAAAGUUCUUGUUAGCGGGGCUUCUGGGGCCAUUGCUGGUGGUUUUCUUGGGAUAAUAUUGCGUAUGAGGACCCGAUCUCUUGAAUCUGGUCUCGGCGGCGAUCUCACGAUGAAUCCGACCUAACUUUUCCCCCGUUUUUUUUAUUGAUUGCAGGGAAAAUUCCAAACGCUGUCCCGGGCGCCAUUGUCUGGGGCCUGGUAGGGUUGACAGGCCAAUAUGCCUAUAAUGUUGCCGACGCGAGGCAUACACAUGAGGUGAUUGGAAAGCUGAAGAAUCCGGAGCCAAACGAGGGUAUACUAGAUCGUGCUAUGCGUUCAAAGUGGAGUCCUGUCAAGCGGUUGACAAGGAAAGAAUAUGCGGAUAUGCUGAAGGAGAAGCUUUUGGCUGUCGAGGCAGAUAUUGCGAUUGCGAAUGAAGAAAUAGAGAAGCUAGAGAGGCAAAAGAAGGAGCCUACCGAAGAGAAAUAAAUUGCUCGAGUAACUCAUUACUUGUACUAUUCUAGAUACUGGUAUUCUGAAAAAAAAAAAAUGAAAAAAUGAAAAAAAUGAAAAAAAAAAGAGCAGGGUUUUGUGGACAUGAUCAAUCCCGUAUAGUCUGUUUAGCCGUUAGCCAUAGAUCGGACGGAUGUUCCGAAAUUGGUAUCGGGCGCUCAGAUCUUCCGGUCCGGUGUCAGGGAAUGCUUCAAGGGGUGCAUAUCAAUGGUGCCGAGGGUUUGGCAAUUCAAAAUGUAUAUCCACAAUACGGUACUCGAGUAUAUACCGUUGAGAACUAUGUAGCAGCAACUUUACCCAAC